AUGGUGUGGAACUGCCGUGGUGCUGCCAGUAAUGCGUUUUAUCGUUAUUGUAAGAUUUAUGUAGAUAGAUUCAAGCCGAGUAUGCUAGUGAUUGUGGAGACUAGAUGUGACCCUAAUAUUAUUACUAAAUCUCUUAUGAAGUUGGGAUACGACACAUUUAAGAUUAUUAGUAACUGGGGUUUUGCUGGAGGUAUUGCUAUGGCCUGGAAGUCUAAUGCCAUGGAUGUUUUUAUUCUUGAAAACAAUGACCAAUUUAUUCAUUCUAGAAUUAAAAUGGAAGAUAGUAAUCAGUGGUUUUUUACGGCUAUUUAUGCGAGACCUCAGGAGAAUAGUAAGAAGAUGCUAUGGGAUGAUCUGAAGGAAAUCUCCAAUAAUAUGCGAGAGCCGUGGAUGAUGGCUGGAGAUUUCAAUGAUAUUGCAUAUGUUAGUGAUAAAAGAGGUGGUGUGGCGCAUUCUUUAAGUAGGUGCAAGAGAUUACGGGAUAGAAUGGAUAUGUGCAAAGUGAGGGGUGUGGAGGCUAAGGGGCCAAAGUUCACUUGGAGAGGCCCUAUAUUUAGUGGUGGACAGCGGAUCUAUGAAAAAUUGGAUAGAGCCUUAAGCAAUGAUGAUUGGAGAUUGAUGUUUCCUGACUCGUUUGUGAAGGUUUUGAUGAGAUUUGAAUUCUCAGACCACCACCCGAUUCUGAUAAGCUUAAAAGAGGAGACUAGGAAUGUGUAUGAAAAGAAGUUUUGUUUUGAGAAUGCUUGGCUUACUCAUGAAACUUAUGAUUCCAUGUUGAAAUAUAGUUGGAAUACAUGUGAUAAUAUUGGCAAUAAUCUGAAGAGGGUUGUGGAGGGUAUAAACAAGUGGAAGUUUGCUAAUUUUGAUACAAUUAAGGAACAAAAGAAAGAGAUAAUGAGAUGGCUUGAAGGAAUCCAAAGGAAUCUCCAGAUGCAUGAUAAUGUUGGGGGUAUGAGAAGACUUGAGCAUAAGCUUCAAAGAGAGUUAAGUUAUCUUGUGAAUCAAGAGGAACUUAUGUGGCAUCAAAGAUCUAGAACAAAAUGGCUUGUAGAUGGUGAUAGAAACACUAAAUUUUACUAUAUGCAGAUUGUUUCUAGAUGGAAAAGAAAUAGAAUUCUAAUGUUGAAAAAUGAUGAUGGUGAAUGGAUUUCUGAGCAGGAGACUUUAAAGCAGCAUUGCACCGAGUUUUAUAAGAAACUUUUUGCGUGCCCUAGUCAAUGGUGCACAUGGUAUCAGACUCCAGUUAGCUAUCCAAAGCUUAGUAUGGAGGAUCUAAACCAUUUGAAUAAAGAGAUUGUUAUGGAGGAGUUUAAGCAUGCUUUGUUCACGAUGAAGCCGUGGAAGGCACCGGGCCGGAUGGUUUUCCUGCAGGAUUUUAUCAAAAGGCUUGGGAAGUUGUAG